UGAACGAAGAAGCCGUGCGCAAUUGCACACUGUGUUGUCAGGCACUAACAUGGCACUCAUCAGGACGACCGCCCUCGUGGCCCUGCUCGCGGUGGGCCUGGCACUGGCACAGGAGCAGACCACAGCUGGAAAUACAACUAGCGAUAGUAAUGAUGCUGCGGUUCGUUGCGCAAACUCCACUGACAACGCAGAAUGUCUCAGACGGGCCGAAGUUUGUCGCACAAUGUUCCAACGCACACACACAUACGACCGCAUGGUACAGUCCAUACGAGAGUGUGCUGAACAACUCAACAUCACUCUGCCUACACCAGCACCUGUCCCGGCCAACAGUGAUUCGGACCCCGACAGGAGGUACUAUAACCAGCUUAAACUCUGGUUCCGCCCGAGACCUCAAGUGAAGCAACAGAUUUUCAACUGUGCGCAUCAGAGUAUGUUCAACGCAGACGGCACUCCUAGACGCGAGUACUUGAAGACCCGUGUUGUUGUGUGGGUCGGUGAGGACGAGACUGAGCUGGCCGGCUUGUUGAGGAGUAACAUCGAUAGCUGCCCAGCGCCGUCGCGUCGUCAGUACCUAUCCUGUGUCUUCGAAGCCUGCUACACUCCUUAGGGAAUGUUCUCAAGAAAAUCCUUAGAAAGCCACGGAAAAUGCAGUAUUUUGACUUGAAUAAGACUGACGCUCAUAUUCGGAGACACUUCGGACACCUUAAUCGGAAAGCUGGACCAACAUAUCGCGCUCGUCAGCCAAUCACCGUCGACCUGUUUCAUGCCGUAGCUAAUCACCGUAGACCUGUCUCAUGUCGUAGGCAAUCACCGUAGACCUGUCUCAUGUCGUAGCCAAUCAUCGUCGACCUGCCUCGCGUCGCCGCCAAUCAGAACCAUGGUGGCGGCGGACCUUCAUCGGACCUCGAAGUGUGAAAGUGAGCGCUACAAUUAACUGCUUCAUUUUCCUUCUCAAGACACUAACGGAACUUGAGAAUGUCGGAACUUUGUGUGGUGCAGCGGUAGCGAUCUCGUGUAGCAAUCUUGCUGACCUGCGUUCGAAUCCCUCGCAGCCAGUGGAUGGUAACCCCGGCCAUUCCUUGCACACAGGGGAUAACUUAGAAGCAAAAUAAAAUAGACAGUAUGUCACACCGAGAAUAUCCAUUGUAGCAAAGGGAAUCAAACUAAACCUUAUUACAGUAUAUUACCAGAGACUUACUGAUAUUCAUAUGGUGAUCAAAUGUUCGUCAGUUCCUAUAUAUCAUAUAAAGAAAAGCAAACUAAUAUUAUCUGCAUAACAUUAAAAAACAAACAAAAAAACAUUGCUUUCGUUAUGCCUCACGGUUGUCAGCGUUGAUAUACACAUUAAUCCAUAUCCAUUUCCUUUGUUUUCUUAUAUUUACCUUUCACUCGACAGCCUAUUUCGGGGAAACAAUUAAUAAAGAUAAGUAAUCAAAAA